AUGUUUGAGCAGUUUGGACAUAUUCUCUAUGAGUGCAGCGCAUACCAAGUGGACAAUCUUGAGAAGGGAAAAUUGUAUCUUGCCAUUCAUAUCGAGGCUGCUAGGAGAGAAAAGUGGUGUGGGGUGUCAUAUAAAGUAACUAUUCUCGAAGGUGGUGAUGAAUUCGACUGCGAGUGCGAGCAAUUUGCACACAUGGGACUACUUUGCAGCCAUGUUUUGAAGAUACUGCAGAAACACAUUGUGAAGCGAUGGACCAGGGACGCACGGGACAUACUACCGGCUCACCUUACUCAAUAUCAGAGAGAUAAUGCACACAAAAAUCCAUCCAGCUUCAGGCAUUUCAAUAUGUACAUGCAUGCCAUGGAGUUGGUGCGGAUGGACGAUGCAAGUGUGGAAGCAUAUGAGAAAUUCAUGACUCUCAUUAAGAAUUGCAUGGUCCAAAUGGAACCAUUUGCAGAAAUUAGGGAUGGGCUGGGUUUGGAGGAUAGGGUUGGUCAACAUGGAGAUGUUGUUAACCAGCUGACAGCACAUACAACAGUUGUUGCAGCAAGUGGAGGUGCAGGCAUGGGGACUCUGAAUGAUGAUGCUACCUCCGCAAAUGAGAGUGGGAACAGACUCACUGGUUUGUUGGCGCCAAAGAAAAGGAAAGAAGUGGAGCGCUCGACAAAUAGCCGCGAGAAGGCACCGUACGAGGGGCCAGCAAACGGACAAGGUUCUGCAGCACAUGUCGGCAGCAGGGGUACAAGAGGACUACCUGCCCGGACCGGGGUGAUGCGCCGAAGCCUGUUCGCAAACCAGCGAGGUGCAAAAGUUGUGGAAUUGAAGGUCAUAGGCGAAACAACUGCCACAAAGUGGGUGAUCUGCGGGUGA